AGUGCCCCCUGUUGCUUUGCAGGCCUGCGCUUAGUUUUAGCGUAUUGCCUGUUUUUUAUUUGUUUGCCUAUUUUUUCCCCUAACAAGGUAGUUGCAGCUUUUCCUGCAGACGCAGAGCGUGGCCGUGAGCUAACAACCACUAGCCGUGGUUAACCCGUUGGAACACGGCUUAAUAUCCUGAAGUGCAAAUUAAAGCCUAACUGGAGCAUGCUGGAGCUUGCACAAAUGCAACUUGCCAGAAAACUCAAACUCUGUCAUGAAAUAACCGUGUUGAACAAACUUCACUUGAUGUGAACUAAAAGAAGAGUAACAAAUCACUUCAUACGAGCACUUCACAAGGGGCUGUUUUAUUGUUGUAGAUGUCCGUCUCACCAGUUUAGCAUGGUGGAUGUAGCAGAGAAAGAGAUUAUGGACAACCUCACAUUUAAAAGUGAUACUGUGCUCUCUGAUGUUCACUUACACUGUCCAAACAAAAGGCAUCUCAUGGUGCGACUGAAUGCAGCUGGACAACCAGUAUUCUUGUCACAUUUCAAGCUCCUUUGGAACGCUUACAACUGGGCAUCUGAGCAAAAUGCAAGAGAAGCUACAACAGAAAAAGAACAGCAGUACAAAAGCAGAGGAGAGUUGUGUGACAAGGACAGGAAUAAUCCAAAAAAUGAAGGAGAAUUAAAUAUUAAAGGCUUAGAAGUUCUGCUAGAUGAGGAUGGAGACUUGGAAGUUGUCCGAAGAGCUCAGGAUGCCUCUGAUUCAGAAGAGGAGGAUCUAUUGAGGGAUAGGGUGUGUCCGGUAAUUCUGGUAAGAGGGGAAGAUGAUGCUUUCGGAGAUGAAGAACAAGAACACACUUGCAAUGAUGUCAUUAAAAUAGAACAUACUAUGGCAACCCCUUUGGAAGAUGUUGGUAAGCAAGUCUGGCGUGGAGCCUUUCUUCUUGCUGAUUAUAUCCUCUCUAAAUGGGACAUGUUCAGGUGUUGCACAGUCCUGGAGCUUGGAGGUGGCACGGGAAUUACAAGCAUCAUUAUGGGAACAGUUGCAAAGAGAGUUUACUGCACAGAUGUUGGUGAAGAUCUUCUGGCCAUGUGUGAACGUAAUGUUGCAUUAAACAAACACCUGAUUGAGCAGGGAAGAAGUGAAAUUAAGGUUAAAGAAUUGGAUUGGAUGCGAGAUGACUUCUGCACUGAUCCUGCAGCUCCUUAUAGGUGGUCUGAAGCAGAGAUUGCUGAUUUGCAUGACCACUGUACUGUGAUGAUGGCAGCUGAUGUGUUCUAUGAUGAUGACCUGACAGAUGCCUUGUUCAGAACACUCUAUAGAAUCACACAUAACUUGAAAAAUUCUUGCACAGUUUAUUUAUCAAUAGAAAAGAGGCUGAACUUCACUUUAAGACAUAUGGAUGUUACAUGUGAGGCCUACAAUCACUUUAGAAAUACUCUAAAUGAUCUCGAGAACCUCCAAGAUGGAAAAAUGAAAUAUAUUGUGGAGCCCAUUAAACUCGAUUUCUGCCAGUUUCUCAUUUAUGAACGAACUGAGCAGUUGGAACUGUGGAAGGUCUUUGCUGAACAGCUGACGUGACUGGGACAUGAGAAAAAUAAAACAUAGUUUGAGAAAAGAUAAAGGCUUUUUGGAUGCCAAAUUUAAAAUGGAUUCUUGUCCCAAGAAAAGGAUUUUUUUCUGGUGGAAUCAUGUUCUUGGAAAGUGAUAGCUUGCUUCAGUAAUUUAUAUUUUCGUGCUUUGGACAUGGUUUCUGUAUCACUUUCUGUUAUGAAAGUAUUUCACACUGGUCCUCAGAGUACAGAUCCAAAACAAUUUCUCUGCCUGAUAAUACCCCAUAAUGUUGCAUCUUGAACUGUGUCAAAGCUGGGGUGCUGUAUGUUCUUGAGCUUUUGUGAUUUAGUUCUUAAAUUCUGACAAAGAGCUAUCUAACGUUUUUCCAUAGGGCUGGUUUGCAAAUGUGCAUUUUCAUUUUUCGCUUUCUGAACUUAGGUGCUGUUUCCAGUCUCAAGCCAAUUCCAUGUUAUUUAUAGACCUGUUUGAAACUGUCUUCCAGGCAAGGCUUAGUUGUCUUUAACAGACUCUUUGUUUCCCUAUCUUUUAAGAAAUCCGUUUAUGAAAUACAGUCUUUCAAUUUAUCCUACCAAUACCAUUCUAGUUUAGGGCUACUGUCUUAUUUGUAAGGAGACAAAAUGCAUUUAGGUUUAAGCCUCUCAAAAAAGAUCUUGCAGGUAUGUUUUCCUACUGGCAGUUUAAGCUCUUCUGCCCUUGCCAGGCUGAAGGUGGAAAGAUUUCAUACCAAAGGACUUGAUUCCAUUCUUUAAAUGUCACAACUUUUGCCCUCGGUACAUUUGAGGUUGGGGAGCAGCAGAUGAGCGGUGUCAGAAAUGUCUUGACUGUACAGAUGAAGUCUUCUGUGUCCUUGGGUUUUGGGUUAAAGUAAAACAUAUUGAUCAAAUCUCUUCUGAGCAAUUAAAGAAGCCAAAACUCAUAAUGUUUGCAUUUUAUAUUUUUAAUGCCUACUAUUGCAUUAUAUUACUUGCCACAUGUACAGUUAGUGAAGCUUUUUUGUUGUUUUCUAUUUUUUUUUUAGCUUUAUGAGAGUGUUAAUAAUAAACAUAAUAUAUGAGGUGGAUGUAUAAUGUGGGUAACAAGCCCGAAAAUGCUAGACAGGCACAGGACUUCCAGUUCAUAUAGUUUAUGGAAAACUCAAAUAAUUCAGUAUUAUGAAGUUGGACAGUCUUGGACUAUAAGCUACUGGAAAAGAAUUUGCA